AUGUCGGCAAACAGAAGCCUGUCGCACGCGCUUCGUCCGCUGACGCACAACGGCGCCUCCACAUCCACACAGGCACUGUGCAACUCGACUCGACGCCAAGCCGUUGCAUCGCAUCGCCGUUCUGCUUCCACCGCAGUUGCUACAUCGUCGUCUGGCAGCAGCAGCAGCAUUCCCGACGCUGCACCGUCCGCUUCCUCGACCAGCUAUGUCCACGAUCCAACGCCCAAUGUUCAUCUUCCUCGUCUGGCUCGAACUGAACCUGAACUCUACGCUGCCGUGCGACCGCCACCUCUGUCUGCAUUUGCCGCUUUGACUGCACGUCUGGGACUCAUCCCAUCCUCGCUCGAUCCGGAGACGCGUGAUCACCGCAUUCGACUCGUGUACCAAGCGUGUACCCACCCCUCGUUCCAGAAGCUCAUCGACCAGGUCAACGCAGCUGCCAACCUGCAGCUCGAACCAUCAGCCGCCGUUUCCGGGCUUGCGAAGAAGCAGGGCGCCAGUGCGUUGGAUGCUGCUCAAUUCAUCGCACUCUCUGAAGGAAAUGCCGUAGACCACCAUGCUGCUUUGGCGACGGUAGGCAACUCGUUGUUGGGCAUGCUCGCUACGGAGCACUUGCAUUUGAGGUAUCCCAAUCUGCCCACGCGCGUGCUCAAGGCUGCCGUGUCCGCCUAUGUCGGUCCCUCCACGCUUAGCGAUGUGGGUGCUGAGCUGGGUCUGUCCGCACAGGGCAUCUUGCGAUGGAACAAGCAAGCCCGCGUCCCUGCGGGAGGCAACUUGACCCAGAAGCGCGGUGGUCGCGGUGCGCUGCCUCGCACGCUUUCUUCAGCCACAGCGUCCGCUUCGUCAGCCUCACAAAUGCGCACGCUGCUCUCCAGAGACGUUGCCGCCGACGCAAUGCGUGCGCUCGUCGCCGUCAUCUUCCAGGAACAGGGGCUGUCGGCUGCACGCCACUUUGUCACGUCGCACUUCCUCAACCGCUCGCUCAACCUGGCGGGACUACUCAAGUUCAACGACCCCAAACGCGCACUCUCGUCGACAUGUGCCAAGUAUGGCAAGCAGCCGCCUCAGUCGCGCAUGAUUGCCGAGAGUGGUCGUCUCAGCAUCAGCCCCGUGUUUGUCGUCGGCGUUUGGAGCGGGGCCACCAAGAUCGGCGAGGGCAGUGGAAGCAGUAUCCGCAUGGCCGAGUUCAGGGCGGCGGAAGACGCGCUCAGGAGGUUGUACUUGACCGAAACGCCGUUGGGCGACUUUGAUGUGCCCAGCUGCACGCUUGAUGACCAGUUCGAGGGGUCCGUUGGCGGAGAGAAGGCGGGAACAAGGUCGUUCACCCCUCAACCCAUUGGCGAGGCUGAGGUGCUUACCGCUGCUGGAAAGAACCGCCAUUGA